AUGGCCUCAUCCAGAACCGCAGCCCAAAUGAUGCCGCCAUUGAGACAAUGUCUUUCGAGGACUCGCAUCUCCUCAUCGUCGAUAACUCCGCUGCUUCUGGCGGGGGGUCGUCAACCAUCCUCCCGCCUCGCUACUAGAUGUCUCCUCCCCACAUGCAUGUCAGGCACUGGCACCGCCCCGACAUCAUUCGUCCGCCAUAGCUCGCAUUCUCCGCUGAGCGCAACGCCCACGACGCCCCGGAAAAAGGCCACCGUGCAGACGCUGCGCAGUCUCUAUCGAAAGGGCGAGCCGAUCACCAUGCUCACGGCGCAUGACUUCCCCAGUGCUCAUGUCGCGGAGGUGGCGGGCAUGGAGAUGAUUCUGGUCGGUGAUAGCUUGGCCAUGGUGGCGCUGGGGAUGGAGGAUACGAGUGAGUUGGAGAUGGAUGAGAUGUUGUUGCAUUGUCGGAGUGUGGCGAGGGCCGCGAAGAGUGCUUUUACGGUUGCUGAUCUCCCCAUGGGCUCCUAUGAGGUCUCGCCGGAACAGGCCCUUCAAUCGGCCAUCCGUAUCGUCAAGGAAGGUCGCGUGCAGGGCGUGAAGCUGGAAGGAGGCGCCGAAAUGGCCCCGACUAUCAAGCGGAUCACGCAGGCGGGGAUCCCCGUCGUCGGACACAUUGGGUUGACGCCGCAGCGCCAGAACGCGCUGGGAGGGUUCCGUGUCCAGGGCAAGUCGACCGCCGGGGCCUUGAGUCUGCUGAAAGACGCCCAGGCGGUGCAAGAGGCCGGCGCGUUCAUGAUGGUUCUUGAAGCCGUCCCCGCGGAGAUCGCCGCCAUCGUGACGAAGAAACUGACCGUGCCGACCAUCGGCAUUGGUGCUGGUAAUGGCUGUUCCGGGCAGGUUCUGGUGCAGAUUGACAUGACCGGCAACUUCCCGCCGGGUCGGUUCCUCCCGCGCUUCGUGAAGAAGUAUGCCGAUGUCUGGGGCGAGGCCAUCAAGGGGAUUCAGCAGUAUCGGGAAGAGGUGAAGAGUCGCGCGUAUCCGUCGGAAGAGUACACUUAUCCUAUUCCCAAGGAGGAGUUGGCGGAGUUCGAAAGGAUUGUCAACAAGUCGGAUGAAUAA